UGUGUCCCCCAGGGCUCAAGAUGCCAGCGUCUGCACCUGCCAAUCAGCGGCGCUUGCCCGCUGACGUCAGCGGCAGAUGGCAUGGUACCAGCGCUGGCAGUUGGCAUCGCUGUCACUUCUCAGAGCGAUCGCACACCGAUCCUGCAGAGAGGGACCCUGCCACUGCCGCCGUCAGCCCACCGACACACAGCCAGCAAAGAGCUGAAAAUGAGCAUCCUUUCUCUGCACUGAUUUCAGAGCUGGCAACAUGUUGACAUUACCAAUUGAUGAAGCUGUCAUGAUGCCGGGAACAAACUUCGAUGAUGUUAGUGAACCAGAGGAUAAAGAUUCAGAAAUUGGUACAGAUAACGAACAAUGUUCAAUUGACCUCAGCAAUAUUACCCCUUCUGUAGAGUCAGAGAAGGAUGACAAUGACAAGGUGGGCGAGGAGGAUGAGGAAUUGCCCAAAAAGAGAGGGCCCAGGAAGAAGGCGAUGACAAAAGCAAGGGUCGAGCGAGUCAAAGUGAGGAGGAAUGAGGCGAAUAUGAGAGAGAGAACCCGGAUGCACGGUCUAAACAACGCCCUGGACAACCUGCGCAAAGUUGUCCCAUGUUAUUCCAAGACACAGAAAUUAUCCAAGAUAGAAACGCUGCGCUUAGCUAAAAACUAUAUCUGGGCCCUAUCUGAGAUCCUCCGCAUUGGCAAGAGACCUGAUCUGCUAACCUUCGUGCAAAGUUUGUGCAAGGACCUAUCCCAACCAACGACUAAUCUGGUAGCUGGUUGUCUGCAACUCAAUACCAGAAACUUACUGUUGGAUCAGAGCGGAGAUGGGGCUCACAUUGCGAGGUCCCAGUUUUCCUCCUCUCUUUACACAUAUCAAAACCCAGAUCUGGGUAGCCCGACGGGACCGAGUUCAAUGGAGAGCUCCUCCAAGUCCUUGAAACCUUACAACUACUGUGGUGCUUACGAGUCUUUCUACCAAAACGCUUCUCCAGAGUGCACGAGCCCACAAUUCGAAGGUCCCCUAAGCCCUCCAAUUAACUUUAAUGGGAUUUUCUCCCUGAAGCAAGAAGAUCCAUCUGACUACGUGAAGAAUUAUCACUAUGGCAUGCAUUAUUCCGCCGUGCCAGCCAGCCGUCCCCUCGGACAGGGCUACAUGUUCAGCCCAGCCAUGCGAUGUGUAAUGCCCACAGACAGUACAUUUCCUUACGAUUUCCAUCUGCGCGACGAGCCACUUUCGAUGCAGGAUGAAUUAAAUGCGGUUUUUCAUAAUUAAUGUACAAAAUGGUGGUAACAUAGAUCAGAAGUGAUUAAGAUAAAAUAGUGGGUGGUAUAAUAAAUAAUUGAUAGCAAAUUGUUUCUAACAGGACGACUGCGAUUAUAUUUGAAUGUUACUUGAUGGCAGAGAAGCAAUAAUCUAAAAACUAUGCAAGUGAGUAAAUUACAGAAUAAGCAACUAGCCCUUCAAAUGAAAACGUAUUUGCCCUUCGUUGCCUCUCGCGUGCACUUUUCAUUUAACGGUGUCAUUUGUAAACAAUUUUACUUCGUUUCACAGACUGGGCAACCUUUUAGAUUGGACAGUUCUCACAACCGCAUUUUGGUCAAUUUUACAAUAAUGGACGUUUUAAGUGGCACUUGCGACUGAAAGGAUAUACGCUCAGUAUUGUAUAUUGCAGGCUACAUUCGGAUUUCAGAAACAGAAAAUAAAUAAUUGGUUUGUCAACUUACUUUUUUGCCUUUAGUCCUGAUUCGGCAUAGUUAACUGUCAGUUAGGGGAAGCUCGCCUUUACAAUGAUUGCUCCGGGAAAUCAGCAUUUUCGCAAACCUCACAGCAUUUUGAGAAAUUUCAAAACAUAUUGACUCUUUUCAUUCAAUUAAUUUGAUCCAGUCGAAUAUUUAUUAAUGCAGUUUGAUGGUGGUACGCCUUGUUCUUUUAUAACCAACAAUCGCAAGCAUUUGGGGGUUUAUAUCCAUGAACGAAGUUUUGGAAGAGAGGUUCGAUGGCUGAGCACGUGAAAACUUGUCGAAAUGUCUUACAAAAUGCACGAACAUAGUUAUUCGCCUUAAUAAUAAUAAAGUACGGCCUUUGUUAUUUGAUAGCCGCAAUGAAAUAACAGAUCGAUUGAUAUUGUUUCCGACUAACCGUUCGUCCUGCCGCCAAUCUAAACCGUGAAAUGAGCUUCUUGUCCACAAUAAACAAUAACCGGUUUUGAUUGAUUUGUGAAUUUCUUCAUGGUCUUUCCACUAUUCAAACAUUGGAAGAGAAAGUCGGCGUACCGACAGCAAAGAUUGUCACUAACGAACUACCGUCGGGUUACGGGAAAAUAGCAAACAAGUGAAAGAAAACUGAGAUCAGUCUUGGGACAUUUCACAAUCAUCUAAUACUUACGGAGUAGUGAAGACGUUUGAACAUAAUGCAUGACGAUAUCGUCGACCCCCACGUGAAUAAAUCUAGAAGCAGAUAUCAAUGUGUAAAAUUUCA